CAAGUGUUUCCAUGUCCAAAAGAGGGCUGCACGCAUAAUUUCCAACGGCACUCUUCUCUAGAAAAGCAUCUCGCGUUCAGAACAUGCACAAAGACGGUUGAAAGGAAGACACUUCUUGAUAAAGCGAAGGUUAAAUAUACUGCAAGGCUCGAGGAAGGUUCAAGUUCCGUGCCAACCAUUCCUCUACCUCCUGAAACCUGUCCUCGUAGCACUGGAUAUGCAACACUGCCUGAAGGCUUCGCUUUAAAACAAGUAAAGAAAGUUUACCGGUUUAACGAAAAGCAACGAGAGUACCUGACUUACCAUCGGGCAAGAAAGCGGCAAGAAGGUCGACGCGGAAAUUGUUGCAACAGAAAUGAGAAGAGCAAAGGAAUUGAACGGGGAGCGCUUGUUCAGUGUCUCUGA